CUUGGAUGCUGCUGCUGAUGUAGCCUAUGGUGCGUGAUUGCAUUGCAUUGUUUAUUAUUGAGAGGCAGCUGACACAAAUCUGGAGGAAAAGAGCAUCUCUCCUUACGCUGUUCAUGACCUCCUCGUCUCCUCUCUGUCAGUCGGCACGUCCCUCACAUAUCAUGCUAAGGUGGCUUCUACCAGAUUUCCCCCCUCACUUGGUGCGCACACGGUUUGAGCGUACGUGCCUACCAUGAGUGUUAUGGUGAAUCGGACUGUCAAUGCAGCGAGAGAAGGCAUAUCUAAACUGUAAGGUAAUGAUCGAGAGAGGAGCCUCUUCCUGUAUUUGCACCAGAAGAGCCACAGCCGCCGGUGUCAUGUGUAUCAGUGUAAUGCUUUCAGGGUUUGAGAUUAGCUCCAGACUGGUCUCUCUCACUCACAGAUAGGGAGCUGUGUGGUUCGUGGCUAUACUUCUCAACAAUAACCAUCCUAUUCUGGACAUCUAUUGCAUUUGAAAUUGUUCGUUCCGUCUCAAUGUCAUAAUGGACAGGUUGCACUCCUCCAUGCGUAAAAGGCUCUACAGUUUGCCACAGCAUAUUGGACAGAAAGCUUAUAUUAUGGGCGAAGGAGAAGACGGCGACAAGGACACCCGAAGGAAGAGUAUUAGGAUGAAACCCUUGCCGUCACCAACCUCCAGAGGAAGCAUCAAAGGCAUCGGGGAGACCAGAAGUGGAGACACGGUGAUCAUGGAGACAGACAUUGGGAGACCAACGAAGACCAGUUUAAAUGGAGAUUGUCGGAGAUUUCGUGGCAGUUUCUCCUCCAUCACCAGUCGGCAUGUGCACGACUCAGACUCGGCGGAGCAGAGGCGCCUCAUCACGGAAGGGGACGUCACCCCGAGCGAGGAGAGCCCCCCCGGAGCUAUUGGCGGUGGGGCGGACCAAGGUGCGCAAGGCGCCAGCGCUGGUGGUGCUGGUGGUGCCCAACAUGCUUCUCUUGACCAGGAAUCAGGGUUCAUAAAGUUGGAUGGCAUUGAUCAAAUUUCGCCGGACGACGAGAGAUUGUACCAGGCAGGAUUCAUACACAGGCAGUUUGGGGCAAUGCUGCAACCGGGGGUCAACAAGUUCUCCCUAAGGAUGUUUGGGAGCGAAAAGGCGGUGGAACGGGAACAAGAGCGGGUUAAAUCCGCCGGAUUUUGGAUAAUUCACCCGUACAGUGAUUUCAGGUUCUACUGGGACCUGACCAUGCUGCUGCUGAUGGUGGGGAACCUGAUCGUCAUCCCGGUGGGCAUCACCUUCUUCAAAGACGAACACACGCCCCCCUGGAUCAUCUUCAACGUGAUCUCAGACACCUUCUUCCUCAUGGACCUGGUGCUCAACUUCCGCACGGGCAUCGUCAAGGAGGACAACACCGAGAUCAUCCUGGACCCACAACAGAUCAAGAUCAAGUACCUGAGGAGCUGGUUCGUGGUGGACUUCAUCUCCUCCAUACCUGUGGACUACAUCUUCCUCAUCGUGGAGACGCGCAUCGACUCAGACUUCUACAAGACGGCCCGGGCGCUGAGGAUCGUCCGCUUCACCAAGAUCCUCAGCCUGCUCAGACUGCUCAGGCUGUCCAGGCUCAUCCGAUACAUCCACCAGUGGGAGGAGAUCUUCCAUAUGACCUAUGACCUGGCCAGUGCCAUGGUGCGUAUCGUCAACCUGAUUGGUAUGAUGCUGCUGCUGUGCCACUGGGACGGAUGUCUGCAGUUCCUGGUUCCCAUGCUGCAGGACUUCCCCCAGGACUGCUGGGUGUCCAAAAACAAAAUGGUGAACGACACAUGGGGCCAGCAGUACUCCUACGCCCUGUUCAAAGCCAUGAGCCACAUGCUGUGUAUCGGGUACGGCAUGUACCCACCUGUGGGCAUGACGGACGUGUGGCUCACCAUCCUCAGCAUGAUCGUUGGCGCCACCUGCUAUGCCAUGUUCGUGGGUCACGCCACUGCACUCAUCCAGUCUCUGGACUCCUCCCGUCGGCAGUACCAGGAGAAGUACAAACAGGUGGAGCAGUACAUGUCCUUCCACAAGCUGCCGGCUGAUAUGAGGCAGAGGAUCCAUGACUACUACGAGCAUCGCUACCAAGGCAAGAUGUUUGACGAGGAGAGCAUCCUGGGAGAACUCAACGAGCCACUCAGAGAGGAAAUCGUUAACUUUAACUGUCGAAAGCUGGUGGCUUCCAUGCCACUGUUUGCCAACGCGGACCCCAACUUUGUGACCUCCAUGCUGACCAAGCUGCGCUUCGAGGUGUUCCAGCCCGGAGACUACAUCAUCAGAGAGGGCACCAUCGGCAAGAAGAUGUACUUCAUCCAGCACGGAGUGGUCAGCGUUCUCACCAAGGGCAACAAGGAAACCAAGCUCUUAGACGGAUCCUACUUCGGGGAGAUCUGUCUGUUGACGCGGGGUAGAAGGACAGCCAGCGUCAGAGCGGACACCUACUGCCGUCUGUACUCUCUGUCUGUGGACAACUUCAACGAGGUCCUGGAAGAGUAUCCCAUGAUGAGACGGGCCUUCGAGACCGUGGCUCUGGACCGGCUGGACCGCAUAGGGAAGAAGAACUCCCUCCUGCAGCACAAGGUGCAGCACGACCUGAGCUCCGGCGUUCUCAACUACCAGGAGAACGAGAUCAUCCAGCAGAUUGUGCAGCAUGACAGAGACAUGGCCACCUGCGCCCACCUCCUCCAGAACAUUCCUCCGCCUCAGCCCCCGUCUCCGGGGCACACCCCCGUCAUCUGGGCUCCCCUCAUCCAGGCACCCCUGCAGGCUGCUGCCGCCACCACCUCUGUUGCCAUCGCCUUGACGCACCACCCCCACCUUCCCCACCUCCCCGCCGCACUCUUCCGCCCGCCGGUCACGGUCCUGGGCUCCAGGAACCUCCAGGACCCUCCCCCCGGCCGGCUGAAGAAGUUCCACACGUCAGCGCCCACCUCCUCCAUGGGACCUGACUCCCCCUCCAGCACCCCAUCUAAACUGCACUGCUCUGGGAUGGAUACAGCCCUGCUGGCCUCCUUCCGGGCCCACCACACGACUCAGGGGUCAGUGGCAGCCAGCUCCAGUCAGCAGGCGUCCAGCAGCAGUGGAACCCAGCCUGGGCCUACCGGAGCCUUUCCCUUUGGGCCUUUCUCUUCCUUCGGGGGCUCUCCCUCCCACAGCACGGCACAGAGCACGGCCCAGCUACACUCACAGCCCCAGACGCAGCAGCCGUUCCGCUGCACCACCCCGCCUCUCGCUGCCCUCUUCCAGCAGGGAGUCAUGGAGGGAGCCGUGGGGACAGGGAUGGGUGGAGCAACAGGCGGAGCUACAGGUUGGUCUUCAGGAGGCACUACCGGAGGUGAAAUAGGAGGGGUUGCUGAGGGGGCCACGGGUGGAACAAUAAGAAGGGCCACUGGUUGGGGCAGACGUGGGUCUAUAGAAGGAUAUACUACUGGAGUACAUAUAGGAGGAGCCACUGGGGGGUACUCAGGAGGGGCUAGUGGUGGGCACAUUAGAGGAACUAGUGGAGGACAUAUAGGAGCUACUGGUGGAGCAAUGGGAGGGGCUACAGGUGGAAUGACAAUUGGAGUUCUGGGUACCUCUAGUUCUGGUUGUAGUAUCAGCCCCCAGUCCACUGGUUCAUCCGGCAACAUUAACCCCUGUCAGCUGCUCCACAGCCAGCUGCCCCCCAAGCCUCCACAGGUGGGCUCCCUGCAGCAGUUUGCAGGCGGGGGUAGGACUUCUAGUGGCUUCUACCACCUCCCCCCUCCAGGCUCCCCAUCCACCUCCUCCACCCAGCAGGCCCCAGGGGGCUCCCCUUCUCCCCUGGCCCAGUUCAGUCUGGCAGGCCUCCAGUCUGGCCUGGUCCCUCAGCUGUCCCUGGAGAGGUCUGCCCUGGCCUCGUUGGCCCAGUACGGCUCAGCUAACGGCUCGCCCUGCUACACCCCCCUGGGGCCUAGCCCCACGGUCCAAAGCCCAGUCACAGGAAGGACUUUCCACUACAGCGACUCGUCCAGUGCCACAGGGUCCCACAGCUCUCUGCUCAUGCCCCAGACCUCCCUCCCCAGCCAGCAGCACGCAGCCGGCAGUGAGUCUCUGCUGGGGCUGGGCAGCUUCUCUGAGGAUAUGAAACUAUUGUCCUGUUCUAACAUCUCCCUGCCCCAGGAUGUGACCCAGGCCAUGGGAUACUCCUCCCUCCCACGCUCCUCACCCCCUCGCACCUCGCCCACACGCACCUCGCACCCAUGCUCCUCCAUGGAGCCAGGAUACUGCUUCUCCUCACCCUACACCUCCCCCAUCCUAGUUCCAAAACCCUGUAGCUCGGUGCCAGGGCACAUGACUCCUCCUGUCCCUGCCCAGAUGUCUCCAGGACACCUGCAGCACCAGACUCAGUCCCCCGUGGCCUCCCCGGCCCUGCCGCCACGGAAAGGCUCGGCAGCCCACUCUGAACUAGAACCUGUCCGCUCCAAACUAACCUCCAAUUUGUGAGGUUUGAUCACACCCUCCCUGGACAAGUACACAAACGAUCUUCCUGUAUGAUGUCAUUCUCUUCUAGGCUUCACUGUGUUCUAAUCGUUAUCAUUUCCACGUUCUUAAUAUUACUGUGAUUUAAAAGAUGAUGCUUAACCAGGUAACUUCUAGCUCCCUAGACAACUACACUUUCUUUGUUUUUGUUUUGUUUCUCCCUGUUUUAUUCAUACGUAUAUACAUAGAAAUAUAUUUAAAAGAUAUGCUAAUCAAUAGACAGGAGGGUGUGAACAGAAAAUGAUAUCCAUUUAAGAGAUGGUCAUUUCUUUGUUUCUAACUAUGCCAAAUUCAUAUGAUGGGGUUUGGUUUGAUGGUUAGAUGGACAACACAAUAGUACUUUUUUGCAGGAACCUAUGCACUAAUACCUGCAUGUAUAGAUGCUUUUUGUGUGUUUUAAAAGAACAGAAUCAACCUUUUCAGCAGAAAAAUACAUGCUUCAAUAAGAGCAGACUGACUUAUUUUUUCAUCCCAUACAGGAUCACAUAUUGUUGAUCCUUUAUCAUCUAUUAUCGAUUAGAUUACUUAUUUAUCCACUGUAUAGACGUCACGAAACCUUCCGAGGUGGAGAAGAGAUUUUAGGAAACCAAAAAGACUUUCCUCUGGGGUGAUCAAUCUGCCUCCUCUUUGGCCUGUGUGUCAUUGUAUUGUCGUAAUAUUGGGGGGGUGUUGAGUGGGCUACAGGCCCUCCAUCCCUGUAGUGAGACAGACAUCAAGUAUGAUGUGUUAGUGAUAGGCUUCCUGCAGUGUCCUCAACCCUGUCCUAACAAAUUCACUUUGUCUUCCAAGCUCAUCAUGCCGCAAAUGUUUUGGAUGGACAAGGACAAGUUGAGCCCUGCAAUCUGUGUGCUAGUGGACAGAGUGUAUGCAUUUAUGUGUGUGAUAGUGACUGAGUGUGAGUGUGUGUUUGAGUGUGUGUUUAAGAGAGAUAGAGAAAGAGAGGGAGAGGAGUCUAAUGCAAGGCAAGAGCUUGCCAGACUAACCAAGGGGGGUUUUGCCUUUUCACAAAACUAGGACGACCAUCCCAGCUUGUGUGUGGAGUUGUGUACCUACAGGACUCUUCAAUCUCUCAAUGCUAGAAAAGACAACACUCACUAGUGCUCUUAGAGCCAUCAAUCACACAUACUUCUCAGUCAGAUAAUGUAGCAAACACACAGGAAAUAGACAAUUUGGACAUAAGCAAUUACGUUUGUUAUUGUAAUGAUAUCAGAUACCUGUUGAAGUGCUGCUUGAUAGAAACGAUCUUACCACUCCACAUUACUACCCACAGCUGCUAGACGGUCAACGUAGACAUUCUCCCACAAUGCCAGUGUUGAGUUGAACAUGUUGAAUGUAUGUACAUUUUAUUUAUUUUUGUUUAGAAUAAAUAUGGGUUAUGCAGUUUUACAUCAAGGAGUGACAGACGGGUCAGACGGGUCAUGACAGAAUAAAUUGUAAUUGUGGACAAUUUCAUAGUCCUGCAAAUUGAGCUUAAUCCCAGCGGACAAGAAUGGUUGAAAUUACAUAAUUCCAGAUAACACGACGUCAUUCCAUCCACAUAACCUGACGUCAUUCCAUCCAGAUAACACGACAUCAUUCCAUCCAGAUAACCUGACUUAAUUUCAACCAGAUAACACGACAUCAUUUCAACCAGAUAACACGACGUCAUUCCAUCCAGAUAACACGACAUCAUUUCAACCAGAUAACACGACGUCAUUCCAUCCAGAUAACACGACAUCAUUUCAACCAGAUAACACGACGUCAUUCCAUCCAGAUAACACGACAUCAUUUCAACCAGAUAACACGACGUCAUUCCAUCCAGAUAACAUGACGUCAUUUCAACCAGAUAACACGACUUCAUUCCAUCCAGAUAACACAACAUCAUUUCAACCAGAUAACACGACGUCAUUCCAUCCAGAUAACACGACGUCAUUCCAUCCAGAUAACACGACGUCAUUCCAUCCAGAUAACACGACUUAAUUUCAUCCAGAUAACACGACAUCAUUUCAACCAGAUAACACGACAUCAUUUCAUCCAGAUAACACGACAUCAUUUCAACCAGAUAACACGACGUCAUUCCAUCCAGAUAACCUGACUUAAUUUCAUCCAGAUAACACGACAUCAUUUCAACCAGAUAACACAACAUAAUUUCAUCCAGAUAACACGACAUAAUUUCAACCAGAUAACACGACGUCAUUCCAUCCAGAUAACCUGACUUAAUUUCAACCAGAUAACAUGACGUCAUUCCAUCCAGAUAACACGACGUCAUUCCAUCCAGAUAACCUGACUUAAUUUCAUCCAGAUAACCUGACUUAAUUUCAACCAGAUAACAUGACGUCAUUCCAUCCAGAUAACACGACGUCAU